GAGUUGCUGUUGUGUCGGUGCUUUUUUAUGCUUUUGUGUCUUAUGUUUUCUUUGGAUACUGCUGUUAAGCAAUUUGCCAGUCUUACCAUAACACCAUCUCAUGUAAUGGCUGGAGACGAUAUUGUGAUGACCUGUGCACUUUGUAACAGGAGUUCUGAUUCAAGGAUUACAAAGGUUAUUUGGGUAUUAUCUGUUAACGGGGAACCUGGCUAUGUUGAGUAUUUCCCUGAUAUCAACAAGGAGGAUCAGAACAUCCAGCAUAUUCAAACAAAAGUGGAAUAUAAGUCAGACAAGGCCUCCCUAACUGUCCAGAAUGCCAGUACUUUAUUGAAUGGAAUCUGUCGCUGUAUUAUCUUCUUCAAAGAUUCAAAUGAAGAAUUACCUUCACUCCUUAGUCAAUUGACCAUAUCAGCCCCUUACAUUCCUCCUGAAAUAACUUCCCACAGUAUUACAGGGAAGGAAUCACUGCAGUGCAUUUCCUCUGGUGGUUACCCAGAGGGUCAAGUGAUGUGGCAUUACAGGAACGGCAGCAUAUUGACCAAGUCUGUAUCAACACAGCACAUCAGUAAUGGAAUGGGAAGUUUUGAUAUCAACAGCACCAUCUCACUGGGGUUACAAAAGGAUGCAGAGAUCUGUUGUUCAGUGAUUCACACGGUUCUGCAAAAGAACUGGACAACCUGUACCGAUACAGCAGCCCAGGAAAGAAGAAGAUGGCACAUGAUUGCAGUUCCAUUCGCUGUAGUAGCCUUUGCACUUAUCAUUGCUCUACUGCUCUACUGUACAAGUGUAAAAGAGGCAGACAGAAUGAAGCUUUGGAAAUGCAAGCAGUGAGAAAAUGACCUUGGUAACUGAACAAAUACAAGGUAGUAAUGGUGUGCCUGAGUAGUCCACUAAUGCUGCAAAUGGCUUUGCUGAACCCAACCAAACAAGUGUAAGUUUAUGUACUGGAAGAGUCAUAUUGUGAAAAUCUGCAGUAAGUGGCAGCUAGGAACAUCACCACUGUGAAAUUAAUGAAGAUGUUUCUUAAGAGGCAGACACAUAUGAACAGUAACAGAGGAAUCUUGCUGCAUUCAUUCACCAAUUAUGGACUGACCAUAACAGCUGCUGGACCUGUGAUGUGAAUUGCUAACAUCAAAACAGAAACCUUUUCACCAGUACUGUGCUAGUUGUGAUGUGCAUAAAAUAAUUUAUGGACAUAAUUAUGACAUUACUAAUAAAAAUUAGUAAAAUGCAUGAUAAACAUUCUCUGUCUUGCACAGGUUUUUAAAAAAAAUCCUUUUUAAUUUUGGUGAUAGACCCCAGGAGUGAGUAUAAGGAAUUUUUAUGGCAAUGCAGAUUAAAUGCAAGUAAUGGACAAGAAUUAAAUGACUAUCUGUCUUUAGUCCCUUUGUUAAAAAUGAGGACAGCUAAGCUGUAAUAUACUUGUGGCUUUCAUCUUUUUUGAAAAUAUUAAGUGUUAUUUGUGGAUCUAUUUUAAAUGAUGCAGUGAGCAGUACAUUGAACUGCAUAUCACUGAGACAAAAGUAUUGAACACUAAACAUCAAAUAUUAACUCUGUCGCAUCCCAGUUCAUCGAAUUGCCAUAGUUGGCCAACACCUCAGACAUCAUCGUAUCUCAGUGAACAGCAAAAUUAAAUGUUGCACUAAAAAUCUCCAUCACAUAAGUACAUGUAAAAUAAAAUUGCUACACUAACCUCAACAUUGCAUUCACAUCAACUGUGACACUAAAUAAUGUACACUCAAACUGUACAAUUAAUACACAAAAACAACUCACAUGACACUAAUUAUUUUGAUACACUACAAAUCCUGCAACACUUAGUUAGAAAUAGGUUUAUAGGGUCAUAGGUAGAUACUAGGCUAUCUGCCCAAAGGCAUUUAUAAGCCUAGUCAGAAUGUGUUGGC